AUGGACCCUUUACCUAAUUUGUCAGCUUCUGGGACUGAAGUGGAGGAUACGGUGAGAACGAAUACAGAGACCGAGUCAUCAAACCAAUCCCCCGAAUCAUCACGUUCAACACGUUCAAUUCCUCAGCCCACGCCAAUCCUGCCCUCGGAAGAGCUAGAACAUGCAUAUUGGGCAGAGUACGAGGAGGACACAACAGUCCCAGAUGAGGACGAGAUGAAAGAGAUCGACGGCGGUGAUUCGGAUUACAGUGCCAGUGAUCACAAAUAUUGGGAAACCAACUUCUUUCGGGAUUUGGGAGAUCCCGAAUACAUUCCCACCGAAAAGGCCCGUCUCACGUGGACGUUCAAGGGCGUUCGGGGCACCCCCGAAACCCCCAAUCGUGACAAAGUCAUUCGCUCCCCACCAGCAUUUGUUGGGGGUUAUUGGUGGCGAAUCAAGUUCUAUCCUCGGGGGAACAAUGUCAAUGCAUUAAGCGUCUACCUCGAAUGCUCCACCACAAUGCCCGCUCCAGAGGGCAACCUUCCCGAGACGGAAUUUACGGUCCGUCGAGGUGCAGCCGAUGCCUCACUGGAUGAUAGCACUCCGGAGAUUCAAAUAAAAACUACAGCCACGGACGACGCGGCAGCGUGGUUUGAGAACUACAAGUCUCAAUAUCCUGCGGUCAGGAACACCCCCCAAUCUGAUCAUGAAGCCACGGACUCUUGGCGUGUGCCCGCACAGGUCGGUGUUAUUGUAUAUAACCCACAAGAGCCACGCACUGGGUGGAUGCAGUCUUCUUGUCAUCAAUUCAACACUCACAACCUGGAUUGGGGGUGGACAUAUUUCCACGGCCCAUGGGACCAAAUUCAUUCACGUCGGCGGGGUCAACAUCGGGCCCUCCUGAACGACGAUACGCUCUCGUUUGACGCAUACAUCCGUGUAGUGAACGAUCCCACCAAGUCCCUCUGGUGGCAUCCGAGUGAUUCCGAGCCAACUUGGGACAGCAUGGCCUUAACCGGUUACCGACCUCUGGGUGACUCGAUCAUCAAUCAUAGCCCAGAGGUAGCCGGGCUUGCCUCGUGGCUGCACAUUGCUCCAUUUUGCAAGAUCAUUCAAAGUAUUGACGUGCUUGAACAUCUCACCAAUGCCGAUGCUAGGCCGAAGCCUCUAUGUGAUGCUCUUCAAAGGCUUCUAUGGCAGCUUCGACGCCAAACACUCUCCCCAAGCUAUGUCGAUACGGACGGUGUGACUAGCACUUUGCGCAAUCUGCACGAGUUUUCGAGCGAUGUGUCCGAAUUCUGGGAGCGCCUGCGUCGAAACUUGGAGUUAGAGCUGAAGGGUACGGAGGCCGGCAAACAAUUCGCUCAACUCUUUGACAGUCCAGGUGUACAUGCUCCGUCUUCUGAUGGCGAAGUCACCGUGAACAUGCUGCCGACAGACUUCAACUCGCGUCUUUACAUGCCACUUGAUCAAGCCAAGUCUACCUUCGAAGCCGUUAGUGGAUACUUGAGUGCUAAGCCCGGUCGUUGGUCGCUUCCAUCGCUUCUUCAUGUUGAGUUUGGCCGCCAUACUCUGGACCAGGCCAAACGUUGGCAGCUGCGGUAUGACAAAGUGGAGCUGGACGAGGAACUGGAUCUGGCUCCGUGGGUGGUUGAUGGCCAGGGUAGCAAGUACGUCCUUUAUGGCUAUAUUGUUCAUCGUGGCCGCCGCACUUCGGGCAAGUUCUUUAGCAUCCUUCGCCCAGCGGGUCCAGGUACCACCUGGCUGGCCUUUGACGAUGGCAGUGACAACCGCGUGGAGUGCUUAACUCAGAAAACAGCCAUGGGUCCACACCUUGGUCUUGAUCCUUCCCAGGCUGUGGAUCACAAGAAGGGCCAUGACGUCCCUGUCGUGGCAAUGUACAUCCGUGGCGAUAUGAUAUCGGAGCUUUUGCCUGGUCCCCAAGGGCCUUGGGAAGUUCCUGAGACCUUGAAACAAUACUAUGAAGCAGGCGUGUAUCACACUGGUGACAAGCCUGCGGAUGAUGUCCAAGUUGAGGUUUAUGCGCUUGCCCAAUAUGACCAGUUGACCAGCCUGUUUGACUCGUACGAUCUCAUGGCACAGGCCAAAGCGGCAAACAGCGUCAUGUACAUGACUUUGCCCCGCUCAACACGCUUGGCAGAACUACGCAAACGAAUUGCUAUAUGGAACCCCUCAGGCUCUGAACCCAUUGGUCCUGAGCGGGUUCGUUUCUGGCAGAUUGGUAACUCCUUUGCUCAAUCCGGAUCAUCGUUGGCGUUUGAUCGCACUACGGAUUUGAAUGUUCCACUGGAUCCUUCAUUAAGCACCAUACGGUUCUGGAUGGAAACCAUCUCGGAGGAGGACGCUCAAUUCUUCGCCAUCCCAGACCCUCCUGCGGUUACCACUUCAGAGGAUAAACCGGAUGAACUGGUUGUCGAGAACUCAAUACACGAAGCUUCUUCAAAUGUGUCGUCUGUGGCCGAAGGAGAUGCCGUGGCUAGCUCAUCAGGAAACUCUCCCCAUGAGGGUCCUGCUGCGUCAGAUACCGUGAACUCUGUCGUCGAUGAUGGAUCACUGCCCCCAUUAGCCACCUUGUCUCUAGAGAAUGAUGCUUUUGCUGCUGAAAGGGCAGAACAGGAAGUAGUGGUAGCUGCUGUCGCUGCCCAUGAUCAACAAGCCACGGCUGCUGUUACGGCAACAUUGUCAACAGAAGCCAGAAGCUCCGCUCCUGUAUCACCUUCCGAAGUUGAGUCUUCUACCCCAGAAGUGGCACCUCAAGCACAGACCCAAUCUGUGGUCAAGUUACCUGUUGGCCAUACAUAUUACUUCAUUCAAAUGUUCGACGCGGACAAUCAAGUGCUUCGUACCGUGGGGUCAUUCUUCUCGAAACUUGAUGGCAACGUCAAAGCGUCCAUCCGACGCCACCUACAGCGGCCUCUUCGCCAAGAUUUCCUCAUGUGGAAACGAGUCGAUGGUGCUGCCGUUACCACAGUGUCGCCUGCUGACAGCUUCGAUGAUGUGGUGGCUCCGCACGGAGCAUGUUUCAUCGUCGGGGAUAAGUUAACCAAGGCCAAGCGUACUCAACUUGCUUCGUCUGGAUUGUUCACCAGUCCUGACCGUCUGGUUCAGUACCUGUGGGCCGCUUCUCGAGGUCAUCCAAUCCAAGGUUUCACCGGCACUAAGACCAUCGAAGCCACCUUCACAAACGACUACUACAGUGGUCACUUCCUCAAGGGUUAUCACCAUGGUAGAGGCAAGCACAUAUCUAGCACAGGCAUGAUAUACGAAGGCGACUUCGUCUUUGGCCGACGCCACGGCCAAGGCAAGCUAAAUUACCCCACCGGUGACUCGUACGACGGUGAUUGGGUCGAAGAUGUAUGCCAUGGACAAGGUACUUACAUUGAGAAGACAACAGGUAACAAGUAUGUCGGCGGCUUCAAGGAUGGCAAACGCCACGGCAAGGGCAUCAGCUACUGGGAGGUGGCCGACGCAGAGUUGGAUCUGUGCCAAAUCUGUUACACCGAGGAAAUGGAUGCUGUCUUCGCCGAGUGUGGUCACCUUUGUUCCUGUGUGACUUGUGCGAACCUCGUGAGCCUGUGUCCGAUGUGCCGCAAAGAGGUCAAGAAGGUGAUCAAGAUUUAUCGGGCAUAG